AUGGACGUGGACAUGGACGUGGACGUGGACGUGGACGUGGACAUAGACGUGGACGUGGACGUGGACGUGGACAUGGACAUGGACGUGGACGUGGACAUGGACGUGGACGUGGACAUGGACGUGGACAUGGACGUGGACAUGGACGUGGACGUGGACGUGGACGUGGACGUGGACGUGGACGUAGAGGACGUGGACAUGGACGUUGACGUGGACGUGGACGUGGACAUGGACGUGGACGUGGACAUGGACGUGGACAUGGACGUGGACGUGGACGUGGACGUGGACGUGGACGUGGAGGACUUGGACGUGGACGUGGACGUGGACAUGGACGUGGACGUGGACGUGGACGUGGACGUGGACGUGGACGUGGACGUGGAGGACUUGGACGUGGACGUGGACGUGGACGUGGACAUGGACGUGGACGUGGACGUGGACGUGGACAUGGACGUGGACGUGGACGUGGACGUGGACGUGGAGGACUUGGACGUGGACGUGGACGUGGACGUGGACAUGGACGUGGACGUGGACGUGGAGGACUUGGACGUGGACAUGGACGUGGACGUGGACGUGGACGUGGACGUGGACAUGGACGUGGACGUGGACGUGGACGUGGAGGACUUGGACGUGGACGUGGACGUGGACGUGGACGUGGACGUGGACGUGGACGUGGACAUGGACGUGGACGUUGACAUGGACGUGGACGUGGACGUGGACGUGGACAUGGACGUGGACAUGGACGUGGACGUGGACGUGGACGUGGACGUGGACAUGGACGUGGACAUGGACGUGGACGUAGACGUGGACGUGGACAUGGACGUGGACGUGGACGUGGACAUGGACGUGGACGUGGACGUGGACGUGGACAUGGACGUGGACAUGGACGUGGACAUGGACGUGGACAUGGACGUGGACGUGGACGUGGACAUGGUCGUGGACGUGGACAUGGACGUGGACGUGGACGUGGACGUGGACGUGGACGUGGACGUGGACGUGGACGUGGACGUGGACGUGGACGUGGACGUGGGCGUGGACGUGGACGUGGACGUGGACGGGGACGUGGACGUGGACGUGGACGUGGACGUGGUCGUGGAGGACGUGGACGUGGACGUGGUCGUCGAGGACGUGGACGUGGACGUGGAGGACUUGGACGUGGACGUGGACGUGGACGUGGACGUGGACCUGGACGUGGACGUGGACGUGGACGUGGACCUGGACGUGGACGUGGACGAGGACGUGGACGUGGUCGUGGACGAGGACGUGGACGUGGUCGUGGACGUGGACGUGGACGUGGACGUGGACUUGGACGUGGACGUGGACCUGGACGUGGACGUGGACGUGGUCGUGGACGUGGACGUGGACGUGGUCGUGGACCUGGACGUGGUCGUGGACGUGUACGUGGACGUGGUCGUGGACGUGGACCUGGACGUGGUCGUGGACGUGGACGUGGAGGACGUGGACGUGGAGGACGUGGACGUGGAGGACGUGGACGUGGACAUAGACGUGGUCGUGGACGUGGACGUUGACGUGGACGUGGACGUGGUCGUGGACGUGGACAUAGAGGAAUUGGACGUGGACGUGGAGGAAUUAGACGUGGACGUGCACGUGGUCGUGGACGUGGUCAUGGACGUGGACGUGGACGUGGACGUGGAUGUGAUGGAGGACGUGGACGUGGACGUGGUCGUGGACGUGGACGUGGAGGACGUGGACGUGGAGAACGUGGACGUGGACGUGGAGGAGUUGGACGUGGACGUGGAGGACGUGGACAUGGACGUGGACGUGGACGUGGACUUGGACGUGUACGUGGACGUGGACCUGGACGUGGACUUGGACGUGUACGUGGACGUGGACCUGGACGUGGACUUGGACGUGUACGUGGACGUGGACCUGGACGUGGACUUGGACGUGUACGUGGACGUGGACGUGGACUUGGACCUGGACGUGGACAUGGACGUGGACAUGGACCUGGACCUGGACUUGGACGUGGACGUGGACGUGGUCGUCGUGGACGUGGUCGUGGUUGUGGUCGUGGACGUGGUCGUGGUCUUGGACGUGGACGUGGUCGUGGACGUGGACGUGGACGUGGACGUCGUUGUGAACGUGGAGGACUUGGACGUGGACGUGGUCGUGGACGUGGACGCGGACCUGGACGUGGACGUGGUCGUGGACGUGGUCGUGGUCGUGGACGUGGAGGACGUGGUCGUGGACGUGGACGUGGACGUGGACGUGGUCGUGGACGUGGUCGUAGACAUGGACUUGGACGUGGACGUGGACGUGGACGUGGACGUGGUCGUGGACGUGGAGGACUUGGACGUGGACAUGGACGUGGACGUGGACGUGGACGUGGACCUGGAGGUGGUCGUGGACGUGGACGUGGUCGUGGACGGGGACGUGGACCUGGACGUGGAUGUCGACGUGGACGUGGACGUGGACGUGGACGUGGACGUGGACAUGGUCGUGGACGUGGACGUGGACGUGGACGUGGACUUGGACGUCGACGUGGAUGUGGACGUGGUCGUGGACGUGGACCUGGACUUGGACUUGGACGUGGACGUGGACGUGGACGUGGACGUGGACGUGGACGUUGACGUGGUCGUGGACGUGGCCGUGGUCGUGGUCGUGGACGUGGACGUGGACGUGGACGUGGACGUCCACGUGGACGUGGACGUGGUCAUGGACGUGGAUGUGGACGUGGACGUGGACGUGGACGUGGAGGGCGUGGACGUGGACGUGGACGUGGACGUAGACGUGGACGUGGACGUGGUCGUGGACAUGGAGGACUUGGACGUGGACGUGGACGUGGACGUGGACGUGGACGUGGUAGACGUGGACGUGGACGUGGAGGACGUGGACGUGGACGUGGACGUAGACGUGGACGUGGACGUGGUCGUGGACAUGGAGGACUUGGACGUGGACGUGGACGGGGACAUGGACGUGGACGUGGUCGUGGACGUGGACGUGGAGGACGUGGACGUCGACGUGGAUGACUUGGACGUGGACGUGGAGGACAUGGACGUGGACGUGGUCGUGGACGUGGUCAUGGACGUGGACCUCGACGUGGACGUGGACGUGGUGGAGGACGUGGACGUGGACGUGGACGUGGACGCAGACGUGGUCGUGGACGUGGACGCGGACCUGGACCUGGACUUGGACUUGGACGUGGACGUGGACGUGGUCGUGGACGUGGACGUGGUCGUGGACGUGGACGUGGAGGACGUGGACGUGGAGGACGUGGACAUGGAGGUGGACGUGGUCGUGGACAUGGUUGUGGACGUGGACGUGGAUGUUGACGUUGAUGUGGACGUGGUCGUGGAUGUGGAGGACUUGGACAUGGACGUGGAGGACAUGGACGUGGACGUGGACGUGGACGUGGACCUGGAGGUGGUCGUGGACGUGGACGUGGUCGUGGACGUGGACGUGGACCUGGACGUGGACGUCGACGUGGACGUGGACGUGGACGUGGACGUGGACGUGGACGUGGACGUGGACAUGGUCGUGGACGUGGACGUGGACGUGGACGUGGACUUGGACGUCGACGUGGAUGGCGUGGACGUGGACGUGGACGUGGAGGGCGUGGACGUGGACGUGGACGUGGACGUAGACGUGGACGUGGACGUGGUCGUGGACAUGGAGGACUUGGACGUGGAAGUGGACGUGGACGUGGACGUGGACGUGGACGUGGACGUGGAGGACGUGGACGUGGACGUGGAGGACGUGGAUGUGGACGUGGACGUAGACGUGGACGUGGACGUGGUCGUGGACAUGGAGGACUUGGACGUGGACGUGGACGGGGACAUGGACGUGGACGUGGUCGUGGACGUGGACGUGGAGGACGUGGACGUCGACGUGGAUGACUUGGACGUGGACGUGGAGGACAUGGAUGUGGACGUGGUCGUGGACGUGGUCAUGGACGUGGACCUCGACGUGGACGUGGACGUGGUGGAGGACGUGGACGUGGACGUGGACGUGGACGUGGACGCGGACGUGGUCAGGGACGUGGACGCGGACGUGGACCUGGACUUGGACUUGGACGUGGACGUGGUCGUGGACGUGGACGUGGUCGUGGACGUGGACGUGGAGGACGUGGACGUGGAGGACGUGGACGUGGAGGUGGACAUGGUCGUGGACAUGGUUGUGGACGUGGACGUGGAUGUUGACGUUGAUGUGGACGUGGUCGUGGAUGUGGAGGACUUGGACUUGGACGUGGAGGACUUGGACAUGGACGUGGAGGACAUGGACGUGGACGUGGUCGUGGACGUGGUCAUGGACGUGGACCUGGACGUGGACAUGGACGUGGACGUGGACGUGGUGGAGGACGUGGACGUGGACGUGGACGUGGACGUGGACGUGGACGUGGACGUGGACGUGGUCGUGGACGUGGACGUGGACGUGGACGUGGACGUGGUCGUGGACGUGGACGUGGACAUGGACGUGGACGUGGACAUGGACGUGGACGUGGACGUGGACGUGGACGUGGACCUGGACGUGGACGUGGACGUGGACGUGGACAUGGACGAGGACGUGGACGUGGACGUGGACGUGGACGUGGACGUGGUCGUGGACGUGGACGUGGACGUGGACGAGGACAUGGACGUGGACGUGGACGUGGACAUGGACAUGGACGUGGACGUGGGCGUGGACGUGGACGUGGACGUGGGCGUGGACAUGGACGUGGACAUGGACGUGGACGUGGACAUGGACGUGGACAUGGACGUGGACGUGGACGUGGACGUGGACAUGGACGUGGACAUGGACGUGGACAUGGACGUGGACCUGGACAUGGACGUGGACGUGGACGUGGACGUGGACGUGGAGGACGUGGACGUGGAGGUGGACGUGGUCGUGGACAUGGUUGUGGACGUGGACGUGGAUGUUGACGUUAACGUGGAUGUGGAGGACUUGGACUUGGACGUGGAGGACUUGGACAUGGACGUGGAGGACAUGGACGUGGACGUGGUCGUGGACGUGGUCAUGGACGUGGACCUGGACGUGGACAUGGACGUGGACGUGGACGUGGUGGAGGACGUGGACGUGGACGUGGACGUGGACGUGGACGUGGACGUGGUCGUGGACGUGGACGUGGACGUGGUCGUGGACGUGGACGUGGACAUGGACGUGGACGUGGACAUGGACGUGGACGUGGACGUGGACGUGGACGUGGACGUGGACCUGGACCUGGACGUGGACAUGGACGUGGACGUGGACGUGGACAUGGACAUGGACGAGGACGUGGACGUGGACGUGGACGUGGACGUGGACGUGGUCGUGGACGUGGACGUGGACGUGGACGUGGACGUGGACAUGGACCUGGACGUGGACCUGGACGAGGACAUGGACGUGGACAUGGACGUGGACGUGGACGUGGACGUGGACGUGGACAUGGACGUGGACAUAGACGUGGACGUGGACAUGGACGUGGACAUGGACGUGGACGUGGACGUGGACGUGGACGUGGACGUGGACAUGGACGUGGACGUGGACGUGGACCUGGACAUGGACGUGGACGUGGACGUGGACGUGGACGUGGACGUGGUCGUGGACGUGGUCGUGGACGUGGACGUGGACGUGGACGUGGACCUGGACGUGGACGUGGACAUGGACGUGGACGUGGACGUGGACGUGGACAUGGUCGUGGAGGACGUGGACGUGGUCGUGGAGGACGUGGACGUGGACGUGGACGUGGAGGACGUGGACGUGGACGUCGACGUGGACGUCGAUCUGGACGUGGACGUGGACGUCGACGUGGACAUGGACGUGUUCGUGGACGUGGACGUGGACGUGGUCGUGGACGUGGUCGUAGACAUGGACGUGGUCGUCCACGACGUGGACGUGGACGUGGACGUGGACAUGGACGUGGUCGUGGACGUGAAGGACUUGGACGUGGACGUGGAUGUGGACGUGGACCUGGACGUGGACGUGGACGUGGACGUGGUCGUGGACGUGGACGUGGUCGUGGAGGACGUGGACGUGGACGUGGACGUGGACGUGGUCGUGGACGUGGACGUGGACGUGGUCGUGGACGUGGACGUGGACGUGGUCGUGGUCGUGGACGUGGACGUGGACGUGGACGUGGACUUGGACGUGGACGUGGACGUGGACGUGGUCGUGGACGUGGAGGACUUGGACGUGGACGUGGUCGUGGACGUGGACGUGGACGUGGUCGUGGACGUGGACGUGGACGUGGACGUGGUCGUGGACGUGGACGUGGACGUGGACGUGGACUUGGACGUGGACGUGGACGUGGACGUGGUCGUGGACGUGGAGGACUUGGACGUGGACAUGGACGUGGACGUGGACGUGGACGUGGACCUGGAGGUGGUCGUGGACGUGGACGUGGUCGUGGACGUGGACGUGGACCUGGACGUGGACGUAGACGUGGUCGUGGACGUGGACGUGGACGUGGACGUGGACUUGGACGUCGACGUGGAUGUGGUCGUGGUCGUGGAGUGGACGUGGUCGUGGACGUCGAUGUGGACGUGGACGUGGACGUGGUCGUGGACGUGGACGUGGACGUGGACGUUGACGUGGUCGUGGACGUGGCCGUGGUCGUGGUCGUGGACGUGGACGUGGACGUGGACGUGGACGUGCACGUGGACGUGGACGUGGUCAUGGACGUGGACGUGGACGUGGACGUGGACGUGGACGUGGAGGGCGUGGACGUGGACGUGGACGUGGAGGGCGUGGACGUGGACGUGGACGUGGACGUAG